GAGUUCUAUUCAGAAUAGAUUGGUGUGGUUUUUUGUCUACGAAAGCAAAACAAAUUAACAAGCCUUAAAAUUAUUACGUCAACUCCAAAUGUCAAAACAUUGACGAGCGCCUGAUUCCACCACGUCGUGAAUAUUAUAAUGAUCUUUCUCUAAAAAACGUGGCACCUUUUCGAAACCUUGACAAAGUAGAGACAGACAAACGCGCUCAUAUCACCUUAUGUAGUUACGAGCGCCGUAAAACAUCUAAGAGACAGAAAAAAAACUCUCCAUCCAUCAUGGCGCACACAAUUGCGUUGCCAGCAUUGUACAACACAACCCUGCACUCUACGCCAACUGCAGAUUUCAAUAACGAGACGACGCUUAAUAAUAUGACCUUUGGCCCCGUCCUCAAAGACGAGUCACAGUCUAGCUCUGGGGCCGGGGUCACGGAGAUUGUUCUCUUCAGCUUUCUCUUUUUUGUCAUUGGAGUCGUCGGAAUCUUUGGCAACUUUUUGGUGGUGUAUGCCAUUGUGUGUGACCGGAAGAUGCGAGCCUCCGUGACUAAUCUGCUCAUCACAAACCUGGCGCUGGCCGAUCUGGUCAUCAUGGUGUUUGGCAUCCCAGAGAUUAUCCAGUUUAUGAUGAACAAAGGAUGGAUCUUGGAGGAACUCCUCUGCAAGGCCAAUCGGUUUAUCUUGGUGGUUUCUCUCUACGCGUCAGUCAUGACGCUUGUUUCUAUCUGCAUUGAAAGAUACAUUGGCAUCAUCCAACCAAUCAAAGCCCACAUCCUAUGUAGCCGGGCCCGUAUCGCUGUUGUGGUCAUUCUGAUCUGGCCUGUGGCGGUGGCUGCAGGAAUACCGACGUUACUUCUGAACAGGAUCGAGGACGGGAAGAGCGAGCUACAGGUCAAGCUGUGCCAGAUCCGCUUCCCAGCUGACCACUUCCACUACUACCUGGUCUUCAAAUACACCGAGUUUUUCCUCUUCUACGUCAUUCCCCUUGCAAUCCAGAUCACCCUUUACGCCAAAGUGUCCAGGCAUCUUUUCACAGCCUCUGACAAAUUGCGUAGAGAGAGGGCCAGCGACGCGCUCUUGGCUAGAAGGGGCGUUGUGAAGAUGCUCAUGGUGAGUGUGGUGGUCUACUUCGUGAGUUACUCCCCCCAGCACGCGCUCCUCGUCUACCGGACUGUCAAGCAGAACGACUUCCGUGACACCUGGACUCUCAAUGUACUGGUGAUCGUGAUCGCCUACAUGAACUCCGCCGCUAACCCUGUGCUGUACAGCAUCUUCAGCCAGAACUUCCGCACCAACUUCCGACGUGCCCUGUGCCUGCUCCAGCGAGGGCCACCCGCCCAGCCGCCCCGCAGACAAUCCACGCUCAGCACCAGCAACCGAUUCGGACGUCUCACGAGCCUGGUCCCUUCAGCCUUCUCAGAAGUGUAACUGUAAUGUAGCCCCAUGGUGGUCCGGUUGAAGAGGCCCACUUCCUAAAUAAGAAAAGAUAAAUCACGUAUAUCCAUGAAAACGUCGAUCUCAAGAUGAUUCUGAUUUUGAUUUAUUAAUGAUGCAGGCAGAUUGUGAAUUUUUGUUUUUUUCUGAUUCUGGUUAUUCUUAUUGAUUAUGAUUUUCAUUAAUAUUGUUCUUAUUUCUGGUGUUACAAGUUUAUUAUUGAUAACUAUGUAGACCAAGGAAGAACUCCUCAAUAUAUCAGAUAAUAUGUUCAUACAUAAGAAGUUUUGACUGUAAUCUGUAGACGCAGACAUGCUCGGUCUUUGGAAAUAUAACCUUUAUGUGCCACACUGGUUCACAUGUCAACCCUUGAAUUUUGGCCAGAAUAGUGUUGCCAUCGUCAUGCAGGUCCUGUAAAAAUCGGAUGGCUGUCACGUAUGUGUGCACACCAGCUCAAGCUCUGGAGCAUUGUAAAGUUUAAGCAGCGUCUCUUACAUCCUCAACGUGAUGCAUCGCAUAAUAAUGAAAGUCACAGAGUUUUAAAAAGGGCAUCAAAGAUUAUUGUGGAAACACUCAUCGCGGAAGUAUGUAUAAAUGUGUGUAUAUAACAUUGUUUUGCAUAAUUAUAUCCGUAGCCUAUAAUGCCCCUCUAUGUUUAUGCACAUCACGUCAAAAACAUGGUAUUUUCGAGAGCUUAAAGUUAGUUUGUAAUAACGCAAUCUUUCCGGUUUGGACGGAAAACACUUUUAAAACACUGCAUUCCAAUCAUGAGGACAGAAGUCGGUUCAUAAUGAAAUUUAACCACAGCCCCCCCCCCCCCCCCACACACACACACACAACAACUGUAUAGAUUGUAAUACUUUUGGGCUGAAUGGAUGCGCGCGG